AUGGACUUUACACGGGGUAAUAAAAACCCUCGUAAACGUGUUAACGAAGUCGAAUUUAAUCGCUUCGACCGCACCGCUUUACACCAACCCGAAGAGGAUUUCAACUCUGAUGAGGUGAUUGAACUUAAUAAAUCGGUCGACGAGUACACACGUCAGAUGGAAAUCGCUCAUAAAGAGCAUCGCGACGCAGACGUAUCGUAUUAUGCUAGUAUAAUAGCGAUCAAGCAGAAGCGCAUCGAUCAACUACUUCAGGCCCGACGUGGACAAGACCUCCAGGAUAACCAGAAAUACAAGCGACAGAUCAGUCGACUUAAGUCGAACUGGGAUGCCAACAGUAAGCAAGUCGAGUUCAUAAAUAAUCAUGACCUCGCCACGUUAACCCAUAAGCUAAAUGCGUUUACGGUCAUGCUGGAGACAAACGAUAACGCUCCCCAGCAGUGGAUCUCUGCAUUAAUGCAGUCAUUCGACCCUGCAGGAACAAGUUACUUGAUCCUGCAGCGCCACCAACACGAGCUAGACGCCGGUCGUGACUGGCCAGCUGUGUGUUGUACAGAUAUAACAAAGGACAAGGCUCAGCGAUGGUACGAGUUCCUGGUUAUGCAUGUUUACUGUAAGAACAUAGGGAACAACGACCGUGAAAGUUUGUACACCGAGUUGCGACGUAAGUACGCAACUGAGGCUCGAGACAAGGGACAUGAAACAAAGUUUUAUUUAUCCCGACUUACGUGGGAACAGUUUUAUGUUACUGUAUCCACCCUUUACCCCGCACACCGAGUAACCUCGAAGGGAAAGACGGUAAAUAAGAAACCGCGCGAGCUCCCUGAUCAAGGAUACCUCUCACGCCAGACGUCAGAUGAUAAGCCUCACCUGACUCGUCCUAACCAGACACGUGCUCGUGACUCUACUCAGUCGACGCGACCCAAUAAAUGGGUACACGCGGAACCGAAGGACAAGGAACCUCCAUAUAAGGAUAUUAAGAAAUGUGCCGACGCACAGUGUGGGUAUGACAUGUACCAAUUGACCCCUAACGGUUAUUGGAACAGAAAACAUGCACCCAACUGUACACACUUCCUUACGAAGUGUGACAAGUGUGAGAAUACCAAUGGCUAUCACUGGCAAGUCUUGCGACAAGAAGCCCGACAUUAA